UUAGGAAAAGAUGAGGAUCAGCUUUAUACUAUGGCUAAUAAGUGUGACGGCAUAUGGCGGAAAAAUAAGAACUCUCAGCCUCCAACAAAAAAGAGGGUGUCUAAACCAAAUCUAUUAAUGGACUUUGAAAUGGACCCUAAUACAUGUACCAGUGAAGACACCACAACUCAGCAUGAUCAAUCAGCUGAAGGACCAAAAAAAGCAGUCCAAAGAAAGAAACAAGGUCAACAGAAUUUAGAUGUGGCUUCAAGAAAGAAAAAACAGGAUAAAGAAGAUCAAAAUGUUGAUUCUGUUCCACCAAAAAAGAAAUCAAAAGAAGAACUGCAAAAAGAGAAAAAGGAACGUCAGAUAAGCAGAAAUGCUGCAAUGGAGGCAGCAACAAAAUGGAUUGAAGAGCAUGCCACUAAUAAAGAAGUGAAAGACAGCCACAGGACGCCACAGAAACUGAAGUAUUUGUCGACCACUACAUACCGUCUCGUGGUCUUCAAAUUGAUCACUCUAAUUAUAAAUUGGUUCCAUUGGAUCAAGCAAUACCUCCACUUUAUGAGAGGAUUGGAGGAACUGAAGUUUCAGUCCCUCAAAAGUGGAUGGUAACCCUUCUAUCCAAGUGUAAAGGCAAAGGCUCCUCCUUCACCAUCAAAAAAAUGCUAGAUGGCUUUUUUGAGCCACAGGAGCUAGUUGGGCAGAAGGCCAGUAGUCUCCGAAACAACAAGAUAAUUCAGGCUAUACGUUUAUAUAUAAUCAACAAAUUUAAUGUCAAAGACAGUGACUUUAAUAGUGCUUUAAAUUCCAAGAUACACACCUGCAAAAGGGCAUCGACAAAGAUUAUAGAGAAGAAAUGAUUGUUUCAAUUUCAUGCAAUGGAGUCUUACUUAAUAUUUGACAAUUUGAAAUGUUUACACAAGAAGAUGUGUCACAGUGUUUCAAUGGAGAGCAAUUGAAGUUAUUUUUAUGGAUUAUCAUUUGUCCCUGUUAUAGAACAGUUACAUAUUGGGUGGUGAAAAAUUAAAUGUGACAUUUUAUACUUAUUUGAUGAUGUUAAGAAC